CCAUCCUGUGUCCAGCCUGUUAAACUACAUCAUUUCCGUGUUUACACUCAGGGUGGAGUUUACUUUCACUUUCGAUUCACUUGUGUCGACGCGGAUCGCUUCUUAAAGGCAGUAAAGGACGAAGACUUCAUGCUUUGCUGGCCGAGAUGAAUCAUAGUAUCGCAGACUUCACCUGGAAAUACUGAACCAUGUGUCAGUGUGCAGCAUCCACCACCACUUGAUGUGUCACCAGAAUGGGAAAAGUCCAAACAAUUAACCAGAAGAUAACUGAAGGCAGUGAAAAGAAGAAGUGGCAGUUGAAGCAUUUGUCCUGCGAACACAGCAUGUUUGGUGUGUUUGUGUGAAGGUUUACAAUCUACCAUGAGGAAGGCUGAGGAGGAAGAUGAGGGAGUCCCUCCCUCCAGCACCUCCCUGUCUGAGGAACAUGAGACCGAACCUGACAGGACCGAGCAGCAAAGAGCAGAAUCUCCUGAACCAAGCUGUGUGUCCAUGAAGAGCGACACGUCCAUUGGUGCCCUUACUGAUUUUAAAGGGACUGAGCAGCAAAGAGCAGAUUUUUCUGAACCAAGCUGUGUGUCCAUGAAGAGUGACGCGUCCAUUGGUGCCCUUAUUGAUUUUAAAGGAACCGAGCAGAACAGAGCAGAACAUCCGGCACCAAGUCGCACCUCCUUGAAGAGUGGCAGGUCCAUGGACUAUCCUGUUGAUUUCCAAAGACAAAAUUCAAAUUCAAAAAUUCACCAGGAGACGUCAGAGGUUUCCACUGGUCGUCAAACAGAACUGGACUCCAUAUUUAUGUGUCUUGAGGAGAACAUUGUUACUUUUGUGAAGAAAGAAUUGAAGAAGUUCCGGAAGUUUCUGAGUCUAGAUCAUCCACAAUGUUUAGAGGACCAGCGUGAGGAUGAGGAGGCCAUAGAUGAUGAAGAAGACGAACAGAGGAGGAGCAGCAAGGAGGCAUUUCUGAAGAUCACCGUGCAGUUCAUGAGAGAAAUGAAGCUGGGAGAGCUGGCUGACUCUCUACAGAACAGAACAAUUGCUGCAGUGAGCCGCAGAAAACUCAAAUCUAACCUUCAGAAGAAGUUCCAGUGUGUGUUUGAGGGAGUUGCUAAAGCAGGAAACCCAACCCUUCUGAAUCAGAUCUACACAGAGCUCUACAUCACAGAGGGAGGGACUGCAGAGGUCAAUGAUGAACAUGAGGUCAGACAGAUUGAAACAGCAUCCAGGAAACAACACAGACCAGAAACAACAGUCAGACAAGAAGACAUGUUUAAAGCCUCACCUGGAAGAGACGAACCAAUCAGAACAGUGAUGACAAAGGGAGUGGCUGGCAUCGGGAAAACAGUCUUAACACAGAAGUUCUCUCUGGACUGGGCUGAAGACAAAGACAACCAGGACAUACAGUUCAUAUUUCCAUUCACUUUCAGAGAGCUGAAUGUGCUGAAAGAGAAAAAGUUCAGCUUGGUGGAACUUGUUCAUCACUUCUUCACUGAAACCAAAGAAAUCUGCAGCUUUGAAGAGUUCCAGGUUGUUUUCAUCUUUGACAGUCUGGAUGAGUGUCGACUUCCUCUGGACUUCCACAACACUGAGAUCCUGACUGAUGUUACAGAGUCCACCUCAGUGGAUGUGCUGCUGACAAACCUCAUCAGGGGGAAACUGCUUCCCUCUGCUCGCCUCUGGAUAACCACACGACCUGCAGCAGCCAAUCAGAUCCCUCCUGGGUGUGUUGACAUGGUGACAGAGAUCAGAGGGUUCACUGACCCACAGAAGGAGGAGUACUUCAGGAAGAGAUACAGAGAUGAGGAGCAGGCCAGCAGAAUCAUCUCCCACAUCAAGACAUCACGAAGCCUCCACAUCAUGUGCCACAUCCCAGUCUUCUGCUGGAUCACUGCUACAGUUCUGGAGGAUGUGUUGAAGACCAGAGAGGGAGGAGAGCUGCCCAAGACCCUGACUCAGAUGUACAUCCACUUCCUGGUGGUUCAGUCCAAAGUGAAGAACAUCAAGUAUGAUGGAGGAGCUGAGACAGAUCCACACUGGACUCCAGAGAGCAGGAAGAUGAUCGAGUAUCUGGGAAAACUGGCUUUUGAUCAGCUACAGAAAGGAAACCUGAUCUUCUAUGAAUCAGACCUGACAGAGUGUGGCAUCGAUAUCAGAGCAGCCUCAGUGUACUCAGGAGUGUUCACACAGAUCUUUAAAGAGGAGAGAGGACUGUACCAGGACAAGGUGUUCUGCUUCGUCCAUCUGAGUGUUCAGGAGUUUCUGGCUGCUCUUCAUGUCCAUCUGACUUUCAUCAACUCUGGAGUCAAUCUGCUGUCAGAAGAACCAUCAACCCAGUGGUCUAAACUAUUCAAAAACACCACUGACCUCUUCUACCAGAGUGCUGUGGACCAGGCCUUACAGAGUCCAAAUGGACACCUGGAUUUGUUCCUGCGCUUCCUCCUGGGUCUUUCACUGCAGACCAAUCAGACGAUCUUACGAGGCCUGAUGACACAAACAGGAAGUAGCUCACAAGGAAUAGUUCAGUAUGUCAGGAACAAGAUUGAUGAGAAUCUGUCUCCACAGAGAAGCAUCAAUCUGUUCCACUGUCUGAAUGAACUGAAUGAUCGUUUUCUAGUGGAGGAGAUCCAACAGAAACUGUGUUCAGGACGUCUGUGUACAGAUAAACUGUCUCCUGCUCAGUGGUCCGCUGUGGUCUUCAUCUUACUGACAUCUGGAGGAGAUCUGGACGUGUUUGACCUGAAGAAAUACUGCAAAAAUAAUGCGUCAGAUGAGGCUCUUCUGAGGCUGCUGCCAGUUGUCAAAGCCUCCACUAAAGCUCAGCUGAGCGGUUGUAAUCUGUCAGAGAGAAGCUGUGAAGCUCUGUCAUCAGUUCUUAGCUCACCGUCCUCCAGUCUGAGGGAGCUGGACCUGAGUAACAACAACCUGCAGGAUUCAGGAGUGAAGCAGCUGUGUGCUGGACUGGAGAGUCCAAACUGUAGACUGGAGGUUCUCAGGCUGUCAGGCUGUCUGAUAACUAAGAAAGGCUGUGGUUUACUGGCUUCUGCUCUGAGAUCCAACCCCUCCCAUCUGAGAGAGCUGGACCUGACCAACAAUCAUUAUCAUCCAACAGACUCAGAAGUUAAGAUGCUUUGUGAUGGACUCAGACUGGACACCCUCAGGAUGGACAGUUUUGCAUCACAUUUAAAGAAACCUGGUCUAAGGAAUUAUGCCUGUGAACUCACGCUGAACCCGAACACAGCAAACAAGAAUCUCAUACUGUCAGACAACAACAGGAAGGUGACAGUGGGGAAAGAGAAGCAGCCAUAUCCUGAUGAUCCAGAGAGAUUUGACUACUGGAAACAGCUGCUGUGUAAGGAUGGUUUAACUGGUCGCUGUUACUGGGAGGUUGAGUGGAAAGGACAUGUUUAUAUAGCAGUGACAUACAGAGGGAUCAAAAGGAGAGGGCAAGGGGGCAACUGCUGUCUUGGAAGGAAUGAUCAGUCCUGGACUCUGAGCUGCUCUGAUAAUGAAGGUUACUCUGUCCUGCAUCGUAACAGAAGAGUGUCCAUCCGUCACCAAACCUUAAACAGAGUAGGAGUUUACCUGGACUGGGCCGCUGGCACUCUGUCCUUCUACAGAGUGUCUUCUGACCAGGCGACCCUCCUCUACACCUUCCAAACCACAUUCACUGAGCCGGUCUAUCCUGCAUUCAGGAUAAGGAUGGACCCAUCAAACUCCUCAGUGUCUUUGUGUUCGAUAUAAUAAAGAGGGUAGGGAAGUAUUCUAAGUUAACUACUGCAGGUUCAGGCCAAGGGCCACUUUAAUGCUGAAAGAGAUUUAGCAUUAUUCCCUGAGAUAAAUGAAAAUGUCGACCUAUCUCACAGCGUUAAACAAAGUGAGAAAAGCUUCCUGGAUCUGCACCAAAUUCCAUCCUCUAUCCAUUUUUCAUGGAAAUCCCUUCAGUAGUUUUUGUGUCAUCCUGCUGACAAACCAACCAACAAACAACCAGACACGUGAAAACACAACCUCCAUGGUGGAGGUAAUAAAAAGAUAUUUUGUCAUAUUAAGAAAAGACCAAUUACAUCUCUCAGUCUGUGAGUCCGUGGAGGUUUCAAUCCGUGAAGGUUUAAGUCUGUGAGUCCGUGGAGGGCGAGACAAAGUAAAUAUGGUCAUACUGGCUUAGUUUCAUUCACUUUGAAGUCAAAAGUUUUUAAGCCAAAGGUCCUGAUGAGACUUAAUAAUCAUGUGUCUUACAAAUCAGACCUUUGGGUUAAAGUUGUAGUUAUCUUUAGCUCGAGCAACCAGCUGCACUUAGUUAUAGUAAAUUAGCUCAGUUAGGCGUGGAGCCUAACCAGCUGACUGCAGUUUAACUAGAUUACAACCUCGGAUCACAGGGGGGAGUCACGGUAGGCGAUAGGGCUCAGCUGGACACUGGGCUGGGACUGGACACAGGCCAGUUUGAUGACAAGCACUGGAUCCACUAAACCCUCAAACUGAAAACAACAGAACUGUCUCCAAAAACUCAUCCAAGACAAACGCAGCCUUUUGUCCCAGUUUGAAGCUGAACUCCUGCGUCUGCUCUUUGUAAGGAUGUGCGACUAGCUGGACAUUAAUGCUAUUAAACUGACUGAUGUAUAACGAGGUAAUACAUUUUGUUCACAAAUCUGUUCUAACACUAACACUCCAUCUUCCAUAAUCCACCAGCCACCUGUCAGAGCAUACAGUUAAGUCAAUAAAAUAUCACACGACCAAAUAAUACAUCAUUUACUGCAUGUUCAGGUAGUUAUUCAUCACAGAAUGAUGUAUUUUAUUAAGUAGAUAAUUGUCAGAUGUGAAUCAUGUAAACCAGGAUUUAGAUUUGUUGUUUGUUAAAGGUGUCACUGUUAAUUAGGGUGUACUAAAUACUAUGUACACAUGUGUGAUUAUUCAUGAAAAUAAUAAAUAAAGUAUUGAACACAGCAGAU